AUAAGAUUUCACAUAUAAACAUACAGGUUGAAGUUACAGCACUUCAAAUAUAUGUUAAAGGUACCUCAAUAACUAACACAUAUAUCCUUUCAAGCAGCUCUUCUCCACUUGUAAGAAAAGAGCCUGAUGUGCCUGUGUUCUUUCCGAAUUCCCUGCUGGCAGAGAAUGUAAGCAUGUGUUUGCAGACUGGACCAACAGAGGGCACCAGUAACAACUCUGUAACAUCAGGGGAACCAAAAAUUGAGCAAGUUACGCAAUCUUUGCCUCAUCAACCAUCAGAUAAUCAGAAAAUAUAUCAGGAUUUAUUGGGUCAAGUGAACCACCUAUUAAAUAAUUCCAAAGAAACUGAGCAACCAUCUACUAAAGCAGUAAUUAUCAGCCAUGAAUGUACCAGAACCCAAAAUGUCUACCAUGCAAAGAAGAAAAAGCAUGAUUCAGGCUUGGUGGACAAAGAUUGUGUUCUUAAUGCAACCCUUAAGCAACUAAGAAGCCUUGGAGUAAAAAUUGAUUCUCCCACUAAAGUGAAGAAAAAUGCACAUAAAGUAGAUCAUGCCAGUGUAUUGGCCUGCAUCAGCCCUGAAGCAGUGAUCUCUGGAUUAAACUACAUGUCAUUUGCUAAUGUUGGCGUGAGUGGCUUAAGCCCCAAUGGUGUGGAUUUGAGCAUGGAAGCAAAUGCUAUAGCUCUGAAAUAUUUAAAUGAAAAUCAGCUGUCACAGCUGUCUCUGUCUCGAUCAAACCAAAAUAACUGUGACUCAUCUUUUAGCCUUUUUCAUAUUAAUACAGACAGAAGCACAGUGGGGCUUAGUUUAAUUUCACCAAACAACAUGUCAUUCGCAACCAAAAAAUACAUGAAGAGAUAUGGACUCAUACAAAGCAGUGACAAUAGUGAAGAUGAAGAGGAGCCCCCAGACAGUACAGAGAUCAAGAGUGAACAUUUAUUGAAUCAAAACCCUACAUCCAUACCUGAACAACUUGGUUGUCAGAAAGAGCCUUCUCGAAAUGCCUGUGAAAUAAUUAAUUGUUAUAACUGUGACUCUGUGGGCACUUACACAGACAUGCCAGUAUUGAAAAAUAUUACAAAUGAAGUUGUUCAGCCAAAAGCAACACGGCAGUUGGAUGAAAACCCAGCCUUCUUAUUAAAGAACCUAAAACCAAGUCCUGCAAUGAAUCUCCGACCUGGAAAAGCAGAGUUUACCCCGCAUCCUGAGAAAGAAAAUGAGAGGGACAUUCCUGUUUUCCCUGAAAGUUUGAAACCCUCUGAAAGUUUAAAGCAAAUGAAUAGUAUGAAUUCAGUAGGCACUUUUCUAGAUGUAAAGCGUCUCAGACAGUUGCCAAAAUUGUUUUAAAUAUUUAGCUCCCUACUCUCCUGAUAGGAGGAUGGACUGUCCCUUGAAGAUAUUUAAAGAAACCAGUGUCUUUGGGUAGUUUGGGGAUUCCUAGUCAUUCUAGGAGUUACCUGUUUCUUGGCAACAGCUGAUUACAAAGAGCUUAACAAGUGACCUGAUGAGAUAUUUACUAGUAGGGUGCUAAGUCCUCUUUGUUCAGGUAGAGUUAUUCAGCGUCACUGAAACCUUUUUUAAAAAAACAAUUCCUGAGAUCAGUUAUUUCAACAAAUUUAGGCGAAUUUUGAUUCUGGACUCCUGUUUUAUACUCUGCCAUUUGAAAAGUAAGUCUUUUCCUAGUGUGUUGCAUCUGUGCAUCUGUUUACCCAGAAUCACCUAAAAGAACGGGUAAUAACAUUAUCAUGACCCUGACUAAAUUAGCUGAGUCGACCCUUAUUGAAUUUAAGGGGAAACUUUUAUUUUAAAAAAUAAUAACAUCUUUUAUACAAAUAGUGUAUAUGUCCUUAAUUAAGAUGCAUCUUUUGCAAUCUGGUGGGUUGUUGUUAAUGUAAUCUUUUCAACAUACAGCACUAGCUAUCACAGAAUAAGAAAAUUAUUAGGUAUGAGUGUGUAUUAUAAACUUUGUUUUCAAAUGUUUUAAUUUUUUAAUAGAACUUAAAUAAAAUUGUCUACACCGACUGUUUUCUUUUGUCCUCAGCAAUAGUUUAUUAUUCCCCACUUUAAAAAGCAAAACUUUUAGGUUCCUAAAUAGUUACAAGUUUAGAGUU